AUGAGCAGCGGGAGCGAUGGUGGAGAGUCUGACGGUGAAGUAUCCGAUUCAUCGGAAGACAUUGGGUCUCGACUCGACAAGAUUUCACUUGCAAAGCGGCAAAAUGUGGAAGAAGAGUUGGGAGAAGAGAUGGCUGAUGACGACAGAGACGAGGAUGAUGAAGAAGAAGAAAUGGCCGCUCGUGGAGGAGGCAUGGCGCCUGAUCAGCCCAAAGAAAGUGCAGAAUCAGUGGCACCUUCUGCUGCUGCUGCUGCUGCUGCUGCUGCUGCUACUUCUGCUGCUGCUUCUGCUGAGCUGUCCAAGCUAAAAGUGGCCCAGCUAAAGGACAAAUGCAGGGAGCUCGGUCUCAAAGUAGGCGGAAAGAAGGAAGAGCUCAUCCAGCGGCUCUCGACAAACGCUGGCGGGGAAUUGGAAAAGGCCAAAGACAACAACAAAGAAGCAGACAAGAAUGAUGCCGAGAAGGCUCCGACGUGGACAAAAAGUAAGGCGAAGGACACUUUAUAUGAUAUGAUUGUCACCGGGAAAGUCCCUUCAAAGGAGGAGAUCACACCCAAGGAACUGUUUGAGCAGUAUUUGAAGCAUUUACCAGAAUACAAGUAUUUUCAAGACUACACCGCACUCGGCUUCGCCUCAAAGUUAGGAUACCUUCGUGAUAAAGCUGCAGAAAGACAGGACAGAUCAAGGGAUGAUGCGAAAGCAUUAGAGCAUGAUAGACUCAUAUAUCCCCCCAGGACAGAAGACACCAAGGGUCGGCCUAUUUGGGAGGGGUCUCCUGCACAAGAGCAGCUUCGUAAGGACAUCAAGGCUGGUAAACAAAAGGAUCUGUUCCCAAGACACCUCUACGAAUCACAACAAGUCUAUUACGAAAACUAUGAUCUGGAUUUCUUCAGAAACAAGAUCUAUCAAGUGGAAAAGGCAAUGAAACGGGUUGCAUGGGUCAAAGCCACAGAUGAAAAGAAGAAAAAGAAAAAGUAG